UACAUGAAGGAUACUUGCCAAGCAACACUGGACUCUACUUUAGCCUAAACAUCAGGGACAAAAUGCCCCGAGAAUCUGUUUAUGAAUUUGAACCUCUGCUUGUUAAAGGAUUUAAAGAUAGAGAGCAGACGAAGUUUCCAAACAGAUCUCUUCUGCUGGCUGCUUGUGCUGCGUGUAUAGGAGGAACCUUUCAGUAUGGAUAUAACAUAUCAGUCAUCAAUGCACCCACGAUGUAUGUGCAUGAAUUCAUCAACCAAACCUGGAGGGAGCGUUACCAAACGGACAUAUCAGAAGAGAUUCUCACCCUGCUUUGGUCCACUAUCGUGUCUAUAUUCACCGUAGGAGGAUUCAUAGGAGCAACAAUCGGUGGGACGUUGUCUGUGAAGCUGGGGAGGAAAGGGGCACUGCUGACCAAUAACAUAUUUGCAUUAAUGGCUGCUCUGCUGAUGGGUCUGAGUUACCCAACAGGAUUAUUUGAAUUACUCAUCAUUGGACGUUUUUUCACUGGAAUAAAUGCGGGCGUUGCCAUUUGUGUUCAACCUCAGUAUUUGGGGGAAAUAGCUCCAACUGCACUUCGUGGUGCGAUGGGAAUGGGAACUUCUAUUUUCAUCACUGCUGGGAUCUUUAUUGGACAAGUGAAUGGCCUCAAAGAGCUCCUGGGUAAAGAAGAGUACUGGCCCAUCCUGCUCACCACCACAUGUAUCCCAGCGUUCCUGCAGCUCCUCAUCCUGCCCUGGUUCCCAGAGAGCCCGCGCUACCUGCUGAUCGACAAAGGAGAUGAGGAGGGAUGUAAGAAAGCCCUGAAGCAGCUGCACGGUGCCAGCUAUGAUGAUGAAUGGGAGGAUAUCGAAAAGGAGAAGAAUAACUUUUCAGGUUUCCAAGCCAAGAAACCCUGGGAGCUCUUAACCGAUCGUAGUGUCCGCUGGCAGCUGCUCACCAUCGUGCUGCUGAACAUUGCACAACAGAUGAACGGCAUCAACGCUAUUUACUUCUACGCAGGUUACUUGUUCAAACAAUCUGGUAUUCCCGCUCAUAAAAUACCAUAUGUGACCAUUGGCACUGGUGCUUGUGAAUGCAUCACAGCUUUAACAUGUGGUAUGCUCAUUGAAUGUCUGGGAAGGAAAGUACUCAUCACAGGAGGAUACACUUUGAUGAGCAUCUGCUGCAUAUUAUUCACGCUGACGCUCAGUUUUCAGGAUGCCAGCCCAGUGAUUCCAUACUUGAGCAUGAUUUGUGUGUUUGCUUUCAUCCUGAGUUUUGGCUUAGGACCAGGUGGCGUUACUAACAUCUUGACCACUGAACUAUUCACACAAACCACACGUCCUGCAGCGUACAUGAUUGCAGGGUCAGUGAAUUGGCUCAGCUUCUUCUUAAUCGGCCUGGUCUUCCCUUUUAUUGUGCUCGGGCUGCAGCAGUACUGCUUCCUCGUGUUCUUGGUCAUCUGCUCUUUAAUGGCAACGUACAUUUUCUUUGUCAUUCCUGAGACCAAGAACAAAACCUUCCUUGAAAUCCAGAAUGAGUUUCAGUCCUCCAACAACAAAAAUGCCCGCCGUGCUGAUGGAGCAAGGACAACACUGUUAACAUCUUCUAUAUGAAAUAAAACCCAUUACUCAAGCAUGUGAAGUAUUUUAAUAUUUAUGUCACAGAUAAGUGUUUGCUAUAAGGAUUUACAGUCCACAAACACAACACAAUAGAUUAUUGUAUCAAAAAGUGACAUGGUAAUAAAUUAUACUGUAAAUUAUGGUGCAUUGUUUAAUUAUUUGUCUUUACUUAUCUUGUUACUUUU